AUGACGUCAAUUACCCAAACAUCAACUAUAAGAAACGGAGUCGCUUUGGAAUCAGAAAUUAUGAUGCAAAACAUGUCUAUGAAGACGGUGCUGAUGGGAUUUUCGUCCAACCCGAAAAACGUUACGGCGUCAAAAAAAUUAAGACAUGCGGGAAACGACGUGGUUAGCAAGAAUAUUACGAUCAUCUUAGAGAAUCUUUUAAAGAAUUACGAGAGCUCGCAGCUGCCAUCACACGGGAAAGAUCAACCAACUAUUGUCCAAACCAAUAUUCUAAUUAGAAGCAUGGGACCGGUAUCGGAAUUGGACAUGGAAUAUUCAAUGGAUUGCUACUUUCGACAAUAUUGGCGAGAUCAGCGGCUCUCGUUUCUGGGACCCAUAAAAUCUUUAUCGCUUUCUAUCAAGAUGCUAGAGCGAAUAUGGAGGCCUGAUACCUAUUUUUACAACGGGAAGAACUCUUACGUACAUACCAUAACCGUCCCCAAUAAAUUGCUCAGGAUCAGCCAAGAUGGAGAUAUCCUUUAUUCGAUGAGGCUAACCAUUAAAGCCAAAUGUCCAAUGGAGUUGCGAAGUUUUCCAAUGGACCGCCAGUCUUGCCCACUUAUUCUAGGCAGCUUCGGAUAUACAUCAAAAGACCUGAUUUAUCAGUGGCAAGAUGACGCAAGCGUUAAUUUUGUCGCCGGAAUGACACUUUCUCAAUUCGAUCUUAUCAGUUUUCCGUCUAGGAACUUUACUUUAAAAAGGAGAGAAGGCGAGUUUUCCGUCCUAGAAGUCUCGUUCAAUCUUCAGCGUCAUACAGGAUACUUCCUUAUUCAGGUCUAUGUUCCGUGCAUUCUUAUCGUCGUCCUGUCGUGGGUUUCCUUUUGGAUUCAUCGGGAAGCCACUAGCGACAGAGUCGGACUUGGCAUUACGACGGUUUUAACGUUGUCGACAAUCAGUCUCGAUUCCCGGACGGAUUUGCCAAAAGUCCGGUACGCGACCGCCCUCGACUGGUUCCUGCUGAUGAGUUUCUUCUAUUGCAUUGCUACAUUGCUAGAAUUUGCGGGAGUUCAUUAUUUUACCAAAGUUGGUAGCGGAGAAAUUCCAGUAAACGAAGACGAUUGGGAGGACUGUCAGGAUACCGAGGAGGAAUAUGUUGGAAGCACAGCCGCGGAUUUGCUAGAGAAUACCAGUACAGACGGAAGACGAAGGCGCAGUUCAUUGGUGUGCCCCAUAUAUCACACAUGCAACUUGUAUCGCAACGGUAGACGCACAUCUCUGAUUUCGAAUAUACAAGCAUCCCCACCAGCGCGUACGACAAUGGAGAAGACCACGCAAACCGAAAACAAGUUACCCAGAUGGAAACAAUUUUUGUACUGCUUGAAAGGAGAUGACAAGUUCAGGAAACAGAGGCAACGAGAGGCUGCUUUCGGAGCAUUGGAAUUGAACAAAAGUGGCCACCAUCACGGGAUCCGUCACGUAAACAGCGUGUCGUUGAUAGACAGAACUGCCAGAGUCGUCUUUCCCGCUUCCUUUGGAAUGUUUAAUUUAUUUUAUUGGUCGGUGUAUAUAAUGACACAAGAAAAUUUCAAAUGGGGUGACAACAAACUGAACCCUCAAAGUCAUUAAACUUUAGGGGUUUUUGUUGCCAGAGAAGCCAAGAAGGUCCCAUUGUAUUUCGAUUAAAGUAGUUGAGAGAAAGUUCUCGGGCUUAAAUUAAGUUUCAUUGUUGAAUCUGCACGGUUGCCAUUUGAAUACAGGGUAUAUCUACUGAAAAUUCAAGUUUGCUGCUUAUUCGCCUCAUUUCGAAAUAU